CUUCUCAGAGGCUGCUUCACGUUUUCUGCACUUGUUUGGUAAGUUGAAAGCCCUGUCACCAUGCAGACCCUCGUGCACGAGCCUCUGCAGUUUUAUGAGACGCUGGCCAGAGGGAUGAACUCAGACCAGGAAAGGCCAUUCGUGUGCAACGCUCCUGGCUGCUCUCAGCGUUUUCCCACAGAGGACCAUCUGAUGAUUCAUCGUCACAAACAUGAGAUGACCCUUAAGUUCCCGUCCAUAAAGAACGACAACAUGUUAUCAGACCAGACACCCACACCAACCCGAUUCUUGAAGAACUGUGAAGAGGUUGGACUGUUCAGUGACCUGGACUGCUCCAUUGAACAGGACUUUUGCAAAGCGCAAGAACAAGAGGACAGUAAACAGAACAUCUCACUGCAUGGCCAAGCAGGUCAAGGUCAGCACCAGCAGUCCCACGCACGGAUGGCCAACCAUGAUACCAGCAUAGUGAUACAGCAGGCCCUUCCCUCUCCUCAGUCCAGCUCAGUCAUCACUCAGGCUCCCUCCACCAACAGACAGAUAGGGCCUGUCCCUGGCUCUCUGUCCUCACUACUGCAUCUACGAAACAGACAAAGGCAGCCUCUGCCAGCCUCCAUGCCUGGAACCCUGCCCGACCCAACCAUGCCUGGCUCCUCGGCCGUGUUGAUGCCUAUGGAGAGACAAAUGUCCAUGGGUUCGAAUAUGAUGGGCAUGCAGAGCCCCGCCCACAGCAACUCAUGCUCCUCCACUCACGUUCCCUCAAUGCACUCAGAAGCCAAACUGAGGCUGAAAGCUGCUCUUUCCCACCACCCUGGUGCCAUCUCCAACGGCAAUAUGAACUCCAUGGGCCACAUGAUGGAGAUGAUGUCAACAAGGCAAGAGCAGGGCAGCCAUCACCACAUGCACUCGCUUCCACACCAGCACCUGCAAGCACCUCCCCACACGUACCAGCACCAUGGACACCAUCACCACAGCCAGGGCCACGGCCAGGGCACACACCACCACCCACAGGGACACAACCCUCAUCACAACUCCCACAAUCCUCACCUCCUGCCUGGGCACCCACACCAGACCUCACCGCACCCUCCUAUGCACUCCGCCUCACAGAUGUCACCUGCAACUCAGCAGAUGCAGCCCACGCAGACGCUGCAGUCCCCCCCGCCCAGCGGCGGGCGGCGCAGACGGGUCGUGGACGAGGAUCCGGACGAGCGGCGACGGAAGUUUCUAGAGCGAAACAGAGCAGCUGCGACAAGAUGCAGGCAGAAGAGAAAAGUGUGGGUGAUGUCCUUGGAGAAGAAAGCUGAAGAGCUCACUCAGACUAACAUGCAGCUUCAGAAUGAAGUGACCAUGCUAAAGAAUGAGGUGACCCAACUCAAGCAGCUUCUGCUCACACACAAGGACUGCCCCAUCACCACUAUGCAGAAAGAGUCCCAAGGUUACCUCAGUCCAGAAAGCAGUCCGGCAGGCAGUCCAAACCCAGCAUGCUCCCAGCAACAGCAGGUCAUCCAGCACAACACCAUCACCACCUCCACCACGACUGUAGGGGGCGGCACUGUGCACGGACAGGCCAACCACCGAACAGACAUUAACCCAAUCCACUAGGGCCUCAACUGUGUUAGUUUUCCAGCUCCAUUUCUGCUUCUCUGAGGGUUACCAGCUGCACGCGCUGCCCUCCCUACUUAGAGAAAAACCUGAAAAGGCCUGCGAGGCUGCUCUUUAUACAGCAGCUACAGUAUAUUUUUAUAGACCUACCCUGUUAACAUGCAAUGGUCGUAUGGUUUGCUCCUUUUUGUUUGUCUGUCUGCUUUUUUUUUUUGGUGACAUGCAGAAAGAAAAAACUGCUAAUCUCCAACAGCAGUUUUGGGAGUUUUUCUAUUUUGUUAUGGUACAAAUCUGACCAAGGAGGUUAUGGAAUCAGAGAAAGAAGUCAUAAGCAUCCGGUUAUCUUCUCUAGAAACAUGUCUUUGUAUGCUUAACAGACCGAAUAAGUAGUCAAAUUAUAACCUGUGCACCACAGGUGGACUUACUGUAGGUAGCAAGUGUUUUACCCAGAACCCAAGUCAAACUGGCGCUAUACCUUUGUAAAGACAGCUGGUAUGACUGUUAACAUUCACCCUGUCAUUGUAAAUCUUAGAGAGCUUUAUUAUAAUCUGCAUGACAGUGAUGAUACCAUGUGAACAAAUGGAAGCAAUACAUCGCAUUAUUGAUCAUUUUCCUUACUAAACGCCCGUAUUAUGAUCAGAGUGACCAAAACAUGUUGAUGUUGUGUCAGCUACAGAACUGAACACUGUGAUCACGGUGAGGCAGCUCAGGGGUUGAGACCAACUUCUCCGCUCUGCAGGACCAACUCAAGCUUUAAUCGUUGAAGGCUUUUUUUUUCUUCUGUGUGUCGAGUGUUUGGAUUCAGGUUUUCAAAUUCAAAUUCCAAAUGAAAUUAAUGUCUGAUUGUGCGAAUGCAUGUGAAUAUUGUAUAGUAGUAUUUUUCCUUCUUUUCUCUGCAGAACAAAGUUCAGUUAGCUGCGUUAGGGCACAAAAACAAAGAAGGAUGUGAGAAAACGGGAGAAUUUUAGAAACUUUUUUUCUUUGGGGAAAGGGCAACCUCUAAGCAUUCCUUUCUUGGCAUGCUUUCUGAGUUGUCACGAUGUGCCUGAAUCUUUUUCCAAAUCUUGUUGGGUUACUUUAGGAAACUUUCUUAAUUAAUUUUUAGUAUCGGUUACUUUAAUUGCUAAUGCCUGUAACAUAAGAUGGCAGAAACUCCUCUGCAUUACGGACAGAUCUACAGCAGGUAACAUCAGUAUUGAACAUGUUCGUAUUUUUGUCAUGCAUAUCAUACCAGAUGUCUGUAACAAUCCAGGUAAUCUACACAUAUAGAGAAAAUAAACUCAAAUUACAUUUAAUCUUAUGUAGUAAUGUGGAAUGUCACAGCAAAGUAUUGAACAUGCUUACUACAAUUUAUUUAACACAGUAGGAGAAAAACAAACAUUUUGGACUGUUUCAGGGCAUUUCUAAUGUAAGGAAACUGGUUGCGUGCGUUGCUCAGGUGUGACCUUGACCUGUUCUUCUACGUAAACGGUCUUGAGUUCUUAAAGGUUCUGGGGACCUGCUUUAUGCAUUGAUCUUCUGUUCUUUCCAAAGGUUUUCAAAUGGAUUCAACACAGAUGAUUGACCGGGCCAUUUUAGCAGCUUUAUUAAAUGGCUCUUCUUGACUGUGCUUGGGAUCAUUGCCUUGCCUAAAUACCAAACCUCAUUUCACCUUUAGUCUCACACCAUAAUGCUUUUACUUCCAAACCACACUAUUAGUGUGGUGUUUCCUCCCCCAAACGUGGUGUGUACAAUGACAUUCAAAUAGUUUGGUCUAAACUUACUAGGCUAUAUUUAAUCAGUGUUUCCCACAUUUGUUCAAAUAUUCUGCUGGACACUUUAAAUAAGCUUCAAAAUGCUUUUUCUUCAGCAGUGGAGUCUUGUGGAGUGAGUGCAUAGAUUCCAGGACUUUCUGAAGCACUCUGAAUGUAGUCCUUUGCUCUUUUAAAAAACGUUUUGUCUCUUUUGUCAGAAAUCCUGCAAGGAGCACCUGUUGGUGAAGUUUAGAAAUCUGUCCGUAAUCAGUGCCAUCAGCCUCUCUGAGUGCAAUCAGAUUUGUGAAGGUUAUAAUAAGCCUCCAACCUUUUUAUAAGCCUCUAAUUAGGAAUAAACCAGCUGAUACAAUUUCUCAACUUAUAGCCAGCAGGAUUAUUUUUGAAAUACUGACAGAUUUCAGCAAUUUUUCUUGGCUUUUCUCACUUUUUGAAGCUUUUUUACAUGUUCAAUAUUAAUUUUCUGUGCCACCUUUGUUUUGAUUUCUUUGUGUAUGUGCAUUACUUAGUUUGUUACUGGCAUGUGGUGUUCAUUUUAUGUCAGUAGCCUCAGUAGAAAAACUAUUUAUGCGUUAAAUGCUUGUUUCCCUGCUAUAUUUCUGUCCUUGUCUGUCUCCAUGCCAACCUCGAAACUCCUCAUGUUGACCACAUCUUCUCUUCCUCUCCUCUUCUCAAUGACCAGGAAUGUUAGCUGAAUUGCAUGCAGACCAUAAUGCACUGUGCUUUGCAGGAAGAUGGGUGAAAUACAUUCCACUGACAGGUGGAGCGAUCACAGAGUCGUCUAUGCACUUUUGUCCUCUGUCGUGACGGAGGGUAGAAUAGCCAUAUUAAAAGGUCAGAGUAAUUCUCAGCGAUCUCCCAUCUCCACACACCAGCGAGAAAAAUGUAACCGUGUUUUGCCAUUUUCGAGAAGCCGUGCCUAGCUCACAUCACAAGGGGACCUAAAGUUUCAGUAUGGUUGUCACACUGUUUGACCGGUGCUCUAGUUGUUCUCAAAAAGUAGCUUUUAUGUAGUCUCUUGAUGCUGGAGCUUGCAUGUGCAGCUCAGUAUGAGUAAAUAAUGAGUGAGAGAAAUUCUCUUAAAAAGGGCUUUGUUGUACCACCCCUCUGACCUGAAGCUUGCCUUAUUUUUAGUUUGUAAAACUAAUGAUGGAGACGAUGUCUGAAAUACCAUUCCGAAUUAACCUUUUGCAUGUGAAAAAUAUGUUAAUGACCUCAGAAUACUUUUAACUGGAAUCAUUAGACUUUGACGUUGUGUAUAACUUUCCUUUCUUUGGCUCUGAAUUUCAAGUUUAUUACAAAGAAAAGCAUUUGUUACUCUUUUGGCGGACAAGAAAGUCAGAUGGACGUACGUGCGCAUAUCUCUGUGUAACAUCAUAUCUACGAUGUUGCAACUGUAUUGUUUGAAAUCUAAAUCUAUAAAUAUUGUACAUAAUAUCAUUAAUUUCUAUAAUCCUGUACAUGUAUUGACACCACCUUUCUGUUUGAAGGGAGUUUGAAAUGUGUGGUACGUUUGUAAAUAAUGUUUUCAUAGCACUUGUUGCCUUUUGUUGUAUGCCUAAAUGUGGAGACUCAAACCGGCGCUUAAAAACUUUGUUUAUAUGAAAUGAACUGAUGAAUCCAUUCUUGCCUGCAUAACUUUGUACAUUUCUUGUGUGUGUGUGUGUGUGUGUGUGUAUGUGUGUGUGUGUUUGUGUCUGUAAUUAUGUUGCCUUAGUUUUUUUUAUUUUGCAUUUGUACAGACAUUUAAUAUCAUUGCAGUUACAUUACGGUAUGAAAAUAAAGCACUUGUUCUGAAACAUGCGAUUUA